GCAGGGAGUCUGGCAGAGGGAGUGUCUGUUCCACGCGUGGAUUAUUAUUGUUCCGCGAUCGCUCUGUAUCCAGAAGGGAAGCGCCCAAGGAGAAUCGGAAGAAACCGAAGCCCCUACCGAAAAGUGCUGACCCUAAAAAAAAAAGGGGGACAUAUUUGAUCUUGACACCUUAUCAAGGCUACAGUCUCACCAAGAAACUACAUUCGUUGGUUGGUCAGGGCGAUGACACUGCCCUCGGCCCAUGAGUUCCACUGGCAGAGCCUAGCAUCCCUCUCCAGUGCCCGUGUCUAUCACUCAUUGGCUGAUGUAGGGGGGCAGCUCUAUAUGGUAGGAGGUUGUGAUGCAUCGGGCCGACCCACCAGCACUCUUGAUCUCUACUCCCCUGAGGUGGACCGCUGGGUAAGUCUUCCUCCGAUGCCCACGCCAAGAGCCGGGGCGGCAGUGGCAGUCUUAGGGAAGCACCUCCUGGUGGUCGGUGGAAUGGGAAAGGAUCAACGCCCCCUAAAGGCGGUGGAGGUGUACAACACAGAGGAAGGCAAAUGGCGGAAGAGAUGUUCGUUGAGGGAGGCGUCCAUGGGACUUUCUGUAACUGUUAAAGACGGCAGGGCUCUUGCUGUUGGAGGAAUGGGAGCAGACCUCCUGCCUAGAAGUGUUUUCCAGCAGUACGACCUUCGCAAGGACGUGUGGGCGCUUCUCCCGCCCAUGUCCACCCCUCGCUAUGAUACCAGCGUCUGCCUACUGGGCUCUAAGCUCUACGUGGCAGGUGGACGUCAGUGUAAGCGUUUAGUAAAGGCUUUUGAAGUCUUUGACAUGGAAAGCCGCAGUUGGUCAUCUCUUCCCAGUCUCCCUUGCAAGAGAUCUUAUUCUGGGGUCUUAUGGGACAGCUCAGGGCGUCUCAGCUGGUUAGGAGGCCUCAGACAAGGAGGAAUGCACCAAAGUUCCAAGUUUACCAAGAAUGUUAACAUCUUUGACACCAACAAAGGAUUUUGGUUGAAAUCUGAGGACACAGUAUCCUUGAAGACUAAGCGAGCAGACUUUGCCUCUGCCAUAGUACGAGGGAGAAUGAUCGUGGCAGGGGGUUUGGGCCAUCAACCAUCAGUCUUGGACACUGUCGAAGCUUUCCACCCCGAAAAAAGUAAAUGGGAGAGACUGUCACCUAUGGUCACGCCCCGUUGCUCUGCCUCCAGCAUUGUUAUUCGUGACCGCCUACUGGUAGUGGGAGGUGUCAAUCAAGUCCCAAGCUCUGCCCAUGAGAUUCUAUAUGUAAAAGAGGAGGAGAUACUUUAACCGUCAAUGUUUAGAUUUACAUAACAGAAAAAAGUUGCCUUCAAUGAUCAAUAGAACACUAAUUAUCAAUUAUUAGGCCAGAAAAAUCCUCUACGCAAGUACACAAAUGCAGAUACAAAUGUUUGACUAGCAUAUUUGCAUGCACACAGUCCUAUUGUACGUACUGUAUCAUAGGAGUCCAAAUGUCUGAGAAAACUAGUGAAAAUGCAUCUACUGUAUAUAGCAUUUUUCUGAUUUAAUACAAAAAAAAUUCCAUUACAAAUUUUAUUCUCAGCAUAACAAUAUGAGUAAAAAUCAAAAUUUGAAAAUAAUUUUUUUUUGCUUUAAUGAUAGCAUGUACUCGACAAGUUUGUGCAAAACCUGAUGGUAACAAUUCUCAAAACUCAAGGGGGCUAUAGGCUUACAUUCAAAUAUCUGUGCAGAUAAAGCGAGUGCAUUAUUAUUAGAGCUGUGUGUUUAGGGCUGUUAAUUUAGUGCAAUUUAUUAAAUAUAAAAUACUUCGUUAAAAUAUAUAUACAUAAUUGUGUAAUACACGUAUGUAUUUUUUUACCAUCUGAGCAAUUCAACUUCAAGUACAUGAAGUGUUUUGCAAGCCACAUCAGCAGGGGGCAGUCAGCAUGCCUCAACGAACAUCACCAGCAGUACAGCCACAGAACGAGAGUGGGUUAAACAGUAUGUGUUCUUGACAGCUGGAUGCAGCACAACAGAAUGUAGGGAUCUCGAGACUUGAUUUUCAUAGUUUCAACUACUUUUACCUUGACAAAGUGUCAUAAAAAUGCAUCAUUUAUAAUGCUGAAAACCUGUGAGAUCCGUCUGAUGCAUUUUUGCACACGGAGUGCAAGAACGCGUCUGUGAGAACAGGACAGAUUGACUAACAAAAUUGCAAAAAGGAUUGCUGUCGACUGUAGACAGUGAUCAAUGAUAUGGGAAUAAAACAAAUGAUAUAUUGACGCCUUACGCCACUUUUUGUAUUGACUAAUCAAUGCUUCACUCAUCCGCCACAAUGAUGCAAUAUAUUUCAAUCUGAAUAUCUGAAUUAUUAUAUUCAUUAUAUGUAUAAAUAUGUAUGACAUAUUGCUCCACCUUGAUAGUUAAGUUCACCUCAAUGAGAAAACUGACUGUAGCAGUUUAUGCUAAUGCAUGCUAUAGCACCUCCCUGCAGUUAUGCUGAGAAUGCAACACACAAACGAAUUGCAUUCUGACACAUUUUGGAAUGCAAAAAUGUGUGAAUCCAACUUGUGUAGAUACAAGCGUUUGCAUUCACGUACUUGCGUAGACCAUAGUUUCUGUGCAACAAGAUUCUCUUAUGCUUGACUGUUCAAAUGAAUAAGCUACACUAUUGCAUGGUGAUGAAUAACUAAGCACACCGUAGAGAACGACACAGUUGUAUUGUAGUUCUACGAAGCUUGCUGUUAAUGUCAUUUUUUACUAGAUGCACAGCCUAAGACAAUCUGCCUUCAAAGCCAACAAAACACAAACUCCCACUUGAACAAUCUAAGCCAAUACCAUAUGCACAAACACAGCUACAGACACAAUUUAAAGGGAUAGUUCACCCCAAAAAAAUAAAUUCUCAUAAUGUAUUCACCCUUAUGACUUUCUUUCUUCUGCUCACCUCAAAUAUCUCAGCUCUGUAGGUCCAUUUAAUGCAAGUGAAUGUUGGCCAGAACUUUGAAGCUUCAUAAAUCACAUAAAGGUAGCAUUAAAUAAUCCAUACAAUCCAUACAAAAUAAGAAAGUCAUACACGUCUGUCAUGAGGGUGAAUACAUUAUGAAAAAAAUGUCCUUUUUGUGUGAACUAUCCCUUUAAAAGUAGAUGAAAUUUGUGUCUCCCAAUAGAAGUGUCUUGAGUUAUUUUUAGGGUAUUUACAGGGUUGCUAAUUAAUCUACAGCAAUUUUUGUGUUAUUUUUUACUAAUACAGCAGAAAUCGUACUAACAAUGUGAAAUUUAACUUAGAAAUAGUGGUGGACCAAUAUGGGUUUUUCAAUAACUUGAGGGCAGCGUCGCUGAUGGCAGAUAUAUUUAAAUUUAAUCAUAGCCAAUUAGAAGUGCAAUUAAAUUUAUUUUAGGCAGUGUUUACUCACAGUGUUUACAUCUUGCACUCCUGAAUGAUUAUUAGCAGGUACGUAUAGGACAGAUGGCUCUUAUGUGAAGAAUCAAGAAAAAUAUGAGCUUUAUAAAUUAUUAUAAUUGGCCACUCUAUAUUUUCAAAUUUACAAAACAUAUAUCUGGAAACAGAAAACAUGCAUUAUCAAUUGACCAGGCUGUUGGUAGAUUUUUAAACUGUUGCAAGGCCAAGCGGGCAAGGUUAUCACUCCAUGCCAGUAAUCUCAAAAAGGUGAAAUGUCGACCGAUUAAUAAGCAUGGCCGAUAUAUACCACUCUGUGAAAACUUUACAAUAUUCCUUGUGCACACUCCACAUUAUAGAAGCCCUCUCUGUGUUUAUUGUCUGUAAUAGGUGAUUCGUAAACAGAGUACGGUCAAUAAGUGUGUGGUUUUUACAGUGAAUAUUUUGGGUUAUUUUAACACAUUUUGGUCUGUUUCAUCCUUGUUAAAGAUACCUUGGCACUGCUGUAGCACACAUGCAAUAUUUUUUCUAAAUGUUUUCAGGGUCUUCUGCAAUAUAUAGUAGCACAAAAAGAGUGUUAUGUAUUUUGUCUUUAAUGCUAGACUAAUAUGAUGAGUUCAGAGAUGCAGUAUUUUUAGGCACUGAGUGUCACAAUUUAAAAAGACUUUUGAGAAAUUACUAUAGAUAUGGGCAACAUUAAUUAUUAUUUACUUAUUAUACAGUGGCCCCCAAAAAAUAUUUGGACACUUGCACCUCGCUUAAAAAUGUAUGCUUAUUAUUGCAUUAUAUAACAAAUUAUCAAAACCAAGUGGCAUUUAUUUUACCGAAAGAUUAAAGUAAUACAUUUGUAAGUGUCCUAAUACCUUUUUAUGUUUAAAUAAUGUUUAUUAUUAGUAUGACUAUUUAAAAAAUGUUUAAAUAAUGUUUCACUUGAUUCUAUUAGCCAUUAGCUCUUUUUGCUCAUUUGUUAUGAUGUAAUGUGUCUU